UGACAGUGAGAGAAACUGUAGAAGAUGUCAACGACUUAUUGACAUGGUUAAAUGGUUGAAAAAAAAUUUUUUUUUUUUUUGAAUGCUUUAAUACCUAUAGGAGUCUAUAUCUAUUUAUCCAUCCUUCCAUCCGUCUGUCUCUAUGUCUAUCUGUCUGUCGGUCUAUCUGUCUGUCUAUGUGUGUAUCUGUCUGACUGUCGAUCUGUCUGUCGAUCUAUCUGUCUGUCUAUGUGUGUAUCUGUCUGACUGUCGAUCUGUCUGUCUGUCUGUCUAUCUAUCUAUCCAUACAUACAUACAUCUGUCCGUCCGUCCAUCCUUCCGUCCAUCUGUCUCUAUGUCCAUCUGUCUGUCUGUGAAUCUAUCUAUCUAUCUAUCUAUCUAUCUCGUCCGUCCGUCUGUCUGUCUGUCCUUCCGUCUAUCUGUCUGUCUAUCUGUAUGUCUGUCUGUCUGUCUGUCUAUCUAUCAAUUUAUCCAUCCUUCCAUCCAUCUGUCUCUAUGUCUAUCUGUCUGUCGAUCUAUCUGUCUGUCGAUCUAUUUGUCUGUCUAUGUGUGUAUCUGUCUGACUGUCGAUCUGUCUGUCCGUCUGUCUGUGUAUCUAUCUAUCUAUCUAUCUAUCUAUCUAUCUAUCUAUCUAUUUAUCCGUCCAUCCGUCUGUCUGAUCUAUUUAUCCAUCCUUCCGUCCAUCUGUCUCUAUGUCUGUCUGUCUGUCGAUCUAUCUGUCUGUCUAUGUGUGUAUCUGUCUGACUGUCGAUCUGUCUGUCAGUCUGUCUAUCUAUCUAUCUAUCUAUCUAUCUAUCCAUACAUACAUACAUCUGUCUGUCUCUAUGUCUAUCUGUCUGUCUGUUAAUGUAUCUAUCUAUCUAUCUAUCUAUCUAUCUGUCUAUCUAUCUAUCUAUCUAUCUAUCUCGUCCGUCCGUCUGUCUGUCUGUCCGUCCGUCCGUCUAUUUGUCUGUCUGUAUGUCUAUCUUUCUGUCUGUCUGUCUGUAAUGAAACACAGCCUUACUGUUUCCUCCAAGCCGUUAGAUGGCAGCAGUGAGUCACAGUCGCCCUGGUGAAUCUAGUUCAAUAUGUGCUGCAGAACCCGGAUGAGCCGGUCAGCUGUUUUUCAAUCAUGACUAACAAUGUUUGUGGAUCAGAGGAGAGACUUUUCCUGGAGCAAAACCCCGAUGAGCGCGUGCAGUGCAGCAGGUGUCAGCUGCUGGAUCUGCCCUGGGAGGAUGUGUUAGUUACACAUGUGUUCUGUUAUCUGCCGCUGCGUCACCUGGUCAGCCUGCAGCGGGUCAGCAAGAGUUUUCACUCUCUCAUACAGGUGUACCUGGCCAACUGCCAUACCUUUGAUCCCGCACAGACGGGGCCUCACAUUCCUAAAGAAGCGUUCUGCUCAAUGCUUCGCCACAAUCAAGUUCUCCACCACAUCUCCAUCCACAACUGCUCUGAUUGGAUCACUGACAAAGAGCUGCUGCCUGUGAUUGGUCAGAACCAGCACCUGCUGCGCAUGGACAUGCGUGGCUGCGUUCAUCUUAGCCGUCACGCGCUGGUUGCGGUGUCGUUGAGCUGUCCGCGCCUGCAGCACUUGAGCCUGGCGCACUGCGAGUGGGUGGACAGCCUGGCACUGCGCAGCCUCGCGGAUCACUGCGCAGACCUGCGCUCGCUGGACCUGACUGCCUGCAGACAGCUGAAGGAUGAGGCCGUGUGCUACGUGGCGGGAAAGUGCCCAGCACUGCGGUCGCUGUCCGUGGCUGUAAAUGCCAAUAUCACGGAUACAGCGGUGGAGGAAGUGGCCAAACGGUGCAGAGAGUUGGAGAAGCUGGAUCUCACGGGGUGCUUGCGAGUACGAAAUGAAGCAAUCAGGACGGUGGCCGAGUACUGUCCCAAACUGCAGUCUCUUAAAGUGAACCACUGUCACAAUGUAACAGAGUCCAGUCUUGGCGUUUUGCGCCACCGUAACGUAGAGAUCGAUGUUGAACCGCCCCUGCAGAGGGCGCUAGUGCUGCUGCAGGACAUCGUGGGAUUCGCCCCGUUUAUUAACCUGCAGAUCUAGCAGAACAAGUGCAAAUAGGUUUUUCAUCCUUAAUCUCUCUCUCGAUGACCAACCAUCUUUGGACAGAAACAUUUUACACCAAUGCAAUAUCACAGAUGACACAUCAACAUCAAAUCAAAGUUUUGUUUGUUUUAGCAUUCAAUGAGAAACACAUUUCUUUGGGUUGCAGAACGGGGUCUGUAUCAGAUAUGGCCCCAGUAUAAACAGUCUUUUUUUAAAACAACCUGGAAAAUGAUUUGUUGUGGGAAAGUUGGAAAAUGCGAAUUAUUUAUUUAAGAAGCUUUCUCUUUUUUCCAUGCUGAAACCAAAUGUAUAAUUUUGCACUCAUGAAAUACUGAAAUACUCUUUCAGUAGGUCUGUUUUGCAUGUUUAAAAGCGCUUUAGUUGUCGUCAUCAUGACAUAGAAUAUUAAAUCAGAUUUACUUUCAGCUUUAUUUCACAAAUCAGUAAACAGGAAGGCACAUUUUCCAAGAAGUCAUCCAAGUAACAAUCAAGUCAUGUUUUACAGUAAACAUACUGGUAUAUCUAUGGCUGUGUGUUGAUUUUAUUCCCAUUAAUUUUAUGAUGGAACCGAAUGUGCUGUCACUAUGCUUAGGAACUCAGUAUAAUGGAUUGUCAUUUACAUUUGAAUUAAAUGGAUUUUCAUUCUUAAGCACUUAAUCAUUUCGGCAUCAGUUUGACGUUUCAAUUUAAGCUGAUUUGAUUUGGGGUAAAUUCACCCUUGUUACUAUGACAUUAUAAAAUAUAAUACAGGUUGUGAUUAACUUCUCAAAAGUUUGCUGUGUCUCAGAGCCUUUGUGUAUUUAAAUAAGACAAAUCUUACUGUAUAUUUGAUCUGUCAAUAUACCAAAUACGCACAGAAAUAUUCACUAUCAAAGUAGAAUUUUAGUGCUGGUAUUUCUCUGUACUCUAUGUUAUUGGUAAUGUCUGCACAUGGUAAGGUGAAGUUUUAAGGCCUGUCACAGUGUGCUUAUUUUGCAUGCUGGGGGGUCUUUCAGGACCACUGUAUCUGUUGCAUUGAGUAUUUGAAGAUGAAAUAACAACAUGACAGCUGUUUUUUUUUUUUUUCUUUUAUAUUUGAUUUUUCAUCAACAUGUUUUAAUAUCACACUUGUAAGUGAUUUUUGCACAAGCUCUGUGCUUUAAUGUUUAUUGCUAUUGGAUAAGUCCAUAAACACUUGUUUAAUGUGUGGUUGUACAUUAAGUGCAUAAUUGUUUUAUGCAAAGUGCUGAGAUGGUAUAAAGUCUUAUGCAAUAAGAAAAAUGUGUUGAGCUGUUGUCUGGUCUGACUUGGAACACUGACUUUAAUGUUUUUAAACCAUUGAACACAUUUAUACAUUUAACUUUAUUUAAUAACACUAAUUACCCACCAGAGGGCAGUGCAGGCCAUGACAGAUAGACAUGCUUGCGGGUUCAAAUAUUGCUCAAGGAGGUUUUCUCUUGAUUCAUACAUGGAAAACCUUGCCUAUUCAUUCUGAAAUUAAACAACAUGUUUAGUCAUCACCAAAAGUAAUUAAUGCUCCACAUAGGUAGAUGAAAGGUGUGUCCAAGUGACCUGAAUUGCAGAAUUAUUAGUCAUAUAAAUCUGUUGAGCUUUGAACUCGAACUGUUCCAGACAUGUGAAACUAACAAAUAUAAAUGUAAUUUAAUUGACAUGCAUCAUCUGAAUGUGCAAGUUUAUUUAUGUAUAACAAUCUUUGCAUUGUGGUUAUUCUUUGUGGUUUACAUGCACUUAAAUAUAUAUAUAUAUAUAUAUAUAUAUAUAUAUAUAUAUAUAUAUUGCCUGUUUUUAAGAUUUAUGCAUUUCAGUUUCAUAACAAAAUUCAAUGAAUGAAACUUGAAUGAAUUUUCUUUUAAGAUAAUUCAGUUUGAUGGACUUUUAUGAAACUGAAAUGCAUGUGAGCAUAAUAAAGACAAAGUAAAUAGACAUUUAAAGUCAAAUUCAUUUAAUCAAAGAAAUAAUGGAAAAUGAAUAUAGAAAUAUAAAGAAAAGGUUUAACUUAAAAAAUGGAAUAAAGCGAAUAAUAAGGAAAAGUGUAAUGUU